AAAAUGUGCAACAACUAAAAACGACAAUCUUUUUAGAAUCUUUUCACGUGGCGCGCAUCGGCGCAAGUCAUCGAUGCGAGUCUCGUAGGAGCGCAGCUGACACGUGGGUCACGCAAGGGGUGCGCUUUGUGGGUCAAUACAAUUCCGGCGAAGGUGCGCGAGCACGGCCGAGCGAGCCUCGCGAAUAACCUCACUUCCCUCACGGAUAUGAUGGCCUGCGAAAUUAUUGACCUAUAACCCGUGCAAUGCGACGCGAACGAACGCGCAUCCUGCGAUGCAAUCGAUUGCAUUUAGCAUAAUUAAAAUGGAUCGGACUGGCAUUGCAACGUGCAAAGAUUCACCUUGGAAUAAAUAAAGGAUUCGGUAUUUCGACGAAACGGAGAUGACUGUACUUUCGCCACUGGUCGCACGUACGCGUACAGUCCGUGGAAUAAAUAUUGACUACUCGCGCGUGAACAAGUAUUGACUGCUGUUGCCUACACUCAUGAGCUACUUUACAUCUGUAUAUACAGAGUAAUCCACACGAAUCAGAAAUACAAAUGCUCACCUAGCAUCGAUAAUUCUAAACGAGACUGAAACAAAGAUUGGUGUGUCAUGUUAGUCACGCGUGCAUCGACUUCUAUGGACUGUACCGUCGACGGUACGAUACAGUCGCUGGACUGUUUCAGUAAUAAUGCGUUCAGAGAGUUUUGUUCGAUUUCCCAUUCUCGGGACAAUCGAGAGAUAAAAGAAACAUCUUCGUUGGCUAAUCAGAGAACAUCUCCGCGUCUCAUUGCUCCGCGAAAUGUCUCAACGUCGUAAGACCGUUGGCAUUUUGAAGCCACUAGCUGGACGGGAGACGCAGUAGACGCACCAAGCAGGGACAAAAGGAUCUCGACGGACUGUACUUAGCAGCGGCGGUGGCGGUGGCGGCGGUGGCGGCAGUUGUAUUGACCGCGGUGCGUGUUUCUGCGGGAUCUCCUAGCUGCGACGGCGAAUAAACGAGGAACGAGCGAUCGCGGGCCACGUACGUGUGGUGCGGAACGUGCCGCGCAAUUCAGCCGGGACGACGAAUCGUUCUCGUGCGGGAAGCCGGCAUAUCCGCCGUGCGAGAAUCGGUCGAUGCAGCGGCGAACCGCUCCGGCAACGCUCGACGACGCUGCGAUGUCGACGAUCAGGAAGCGACGGCGUUUACCGCUAAAUUGAUUCCACUUGAUUCGUCAUCGUCGUCGUCGUCGUCGUCAUCAUCAUCAUCGUCAUCGUGAUCGCAAUCAGGCGAUCGCUGAAUUCCUCGUGGACGAUCUCGGCGAAUGACACGAAACGGUCGCUCAUCAUUCGACUCGGAGGAAAAAACGUUCGAGCACGACGAAAGCGACGAUCGGUCGCCACUUGUCACGUGAUCCGCGUUACCUCGCGUACGUCACACGUCGCGUGCGAUUUAAAUCCCUUUGCUCUGUGUUAGCGCACCAUCGCCAUGGGCAAGACGAGAGGUGUCCAUGAGACAACUCCCGAGUUGAGAAAUCGGAUGGUGGGAAUGUACGAGGCAGGUCUCGGUCUACGAGAAAUCUCCGUCGCUGUCAAUUGCUCGCAACGUACCGUAAAAAGAUGGCUAAAUAGAUUUGACAAAGAAGGCACGGUAGAGACGCGGGAACGUUGCGGUCGCAAAAGAGCCACUACUAUGGAACAGGAUGAAGCAAUUGUUCGUCUAGCUUCUCAGACACCCAUAACAGCGGCAAAAGCGGUGCUUCCUGCACUAGGCCUUACCUGUUCCGUAGAUACCGUGAGAGAAAGACUGCACAAAGCUGGAAUUCACAACUGGAGUCCAUCACGUAAAUAUAUGCAGAGGAUCCCAUUGGGUGAUGCGGACGGUGCAGCGAUCCAGCAGGCAGUGUGGCGACCAACUGGUACUCAAUUGGGCAAAAAGAAAAUGUCCAAGGAUUUGGGCAAAUCUGAGAGGAACGGCGCUAGAGCCAAAAAAAAGAGUUCACCGAGGAAAACCAGAUCUCGAAAGCCGUACAUUGACGAUGAUGCAUUGUCCGAGAGUCUUAACAAACAACCGAUUCAGAGCACCGAGCAACUGCAGCAACAACAGCAGCAGCAGCAACAACAUCAAGAAUUCGUAUUUCCACGACAGAAUCUACCACCGCCGCCAUCCGCUCCUCAGGCCACCGAGAUGCAGCCCUCCGCGCAAUCUUUAUCCGCGAGUCAGACGGAAUUCAGUAAUGCGCUGAGUCUAGUGCAGCAACCACAAUCCAUGUACCAACAUCCGGGAUUGAACAUUGUACAAAAUUGGCCAUUAGACUUGGUCCAAGGCAGCCACCAUUACCCACAGGGACAACCAAAUUCAAUAUCUCAUGAACAACCGCCACCGCAGCAGCAGCUGCAAGAGCUGCACACGCAACAGGAGCAGCAGCAGCAGCAGCAGCAUCACGUGCAACAAGUUCAACAAGCCCAACAACACUUGCAAGCGCAAGUACAGCAGCGACUGCAGGAGCAAUCGAGUACUCAGUCCCAUCAUCCAAAUCUCGAUCAACAACGGCUGCCAAUGGAACAUCAAGUUCAACAGCAGUGCUUGCAGUCCGGCGUGUCCAGUCCCGAGCAAACGAGUGCGAACAUGGAGAGCUCGAACACUUGUAGCUCCAAUGAGAACAGCCAAUCGUCCAGUGAGCCCCAACGGAACAAACACUCGUCGAGAGAGAGCGAUGAGAAAUCGGACGCGGGACGACACAAGAAGAAGAAAAAGGGCGGCAAGGCGAAAGGGACGCUGGAGACCAGCGUGGAAAUUCGGAAUCGCAUGAUUGGAAUGUCCGAGGCUGGAUUGUCCACUUUGUCCAUCGCGUUGGCAAUCGACAGAUCGGAACGUACUGUUAAAAGAUGGCUGGAGCGUUGGCAUAAAGAAGGCAAUGUGCAAACGAAGGAACGUAAGGGUCGACGUCGAAUCACUACCAAGGAACAGGACGAUGCUAUUGUCGCGAUGGCGACGCAACAUCCACUUACCGCAGCUAAAUACGUAGCACCCGCACUAGGUUUAAAAUGCAGCGUGGAUACGAUCAGAGAAAGGCUUCACAAGGCCGGGAUACACAGCUGGAAAUUAGGGAAAAAGCAAGGGGAAGGAAACGCAGUCCAUACUGUCCACUUAUGGCAGCCGAGCGGAAACCGGCCGAAUAAGCCGAAAAUGCCCGGCGAGAAGAAGAAGAAGGGUACCGGAAGUAAAAAGCGUGAUCAAGCAAUAAAUAGUAAUCAAAAUCGCGUUACGCGGAGGAAGAAGAAUGCUGAAUCGGCGCCGCUGAAAGCGAUUUCGCCUCCGGCAGGCGUGAUGUUUGAAGAGCCUCCACAAUUGUCGUUCCAUAAUCCUGGAGCCAUGGCGAAUUACGCUUCAGGUCCUAAUAUAAUGCAAUCGGUGCAUAAUAUCGCCGCUCCACCUGCCGCGUUGCCGCAACCACAGCCACCUCCGCAACCACCACCGGCGCCGCAACCAAUGCAGCAACCGAUGGGCCCGAUAAUGCAACAGAGACCGGACUGCAGGCUAGCACCGGCCAUAGUUCCGCCCGUUUCGGGUCCGAGCAAUUCUGGCAUCGCCUAUCCAUCGUGCAUGGUCGGUAGUGGUCACACGGGUAGUGGUCACAUGGAGCAAACGGAUCCUCUCAAUUACGAGCCGUACAUCUGGAGUUUUUAAAUGUCGAUGUGAUGGCAAUCUAAAUCGCAUAUGUAGAAUCAAAUGAUAAAAAAAAGGAAAAAGUUGAUUUUUAAAUCUUUUUUUUUGUGCAAAUUCUCACAUUUAUCAAGGUUUUGAAGAAAAAAAAAGAUCAUGGAGAAAUUUUAUCGUGCAAACAUUUAGGGCAGUAACUUUAUUAUUAUAUCACAACUUCCGUGUGCAAUUUAACUUGCAUGAAAAAAAUUGCAAUAUUAAAAGAUCAUGUGUACAUGAGCAAGAAGAAAGCUCUGCGACUUGGUUGUUACGUCUGAGAGAAGUUAUAUCGACUUUAACCGUUAUGUGAGUGACGGGGUACCCGGGUAACUGGUCUGUUCUCUAGUCGCAUUAGAACUCUUAAACUGACGAUUAUUUUAGCGUUAUCUUUGGACAGAUUGACUCAAUGAGGAACGUAAUUUGCAGGAUAUCAAUUUUCUUACAAAAUGUCCGAAGGUAUCCGGGUACCUUCAUCACAUCAAUUAAGAUUUUUUUCGUCACUCACAUAAGGGUUAAACACUUUCACGAUAAUGCGUAGCGUUUAGUCGUAAUAUACUGUAAUUGAUUAUAUCAAUUCUUAAGUAAAUCGACAUAAAGAUUUACACAGUGUGUAAAUAGAACAUUCUAUAGAAUAGUGAAGACGUACAUCACAUCUUUAUUUUGCUAUAAUGUAUCUUUAAAUAAUACGAAGUCGCAAUCAGAAAUCGUAUUGUAUAUUAAAAAUUGAUUUUUAUACA